AUGAUUGCGGAAUAUUUUAAUGAUCGCGACAUAUUUCUUACUGGUGGUUCAGGAAUUGUUGGAAAAGCUGUGAUUGAAAAACUCUUGCGAUCCUGUAAUGUGCGUAAAAUUUUUGUGCUUCUGCGUCCCAAAAAGAAUUUCACAAUAGCUCAGCGUUUGGAUACAAUUAUGAAAGAAAAGAUUUUUCGUCGCUUGGUGUCCGAAAAGCCUAAUGAGUUCCAUGACAAAGUUGUACCCAUCCCGGGGGAUGUGGAACUACCCCUUUUGGGCAUAAAACCCGAACACGCUCAGCUUAUGGCGAACGUCUCCAUUGUAAUUCAUAGUGCGGCGACAGUACGUUUCGAUGAAAGUCUUAGGGAUGCCAUCAGAUUAAAUGUUGGAGGCACAUUGGAAAAUUUGAAAUUUUCGGAAACCCUUAAAAAUCUUGAGGUCUUUAUGCAUGUGUCCACUUUCUUUAGUAAUCCAUAUUUGGAAUAUGUGGAGGCCAAGGUCUAUGAAUCGGCCAUGGACUGGAGGUUUUGUUUGGAUUUGUGUAGAAGAGAAGAUAUAACAGACGACAUGAUUGAUGUUUUAACAAGAAAGCUAAUUGUUGGCUUUCCCAAUACCUAUUGCUUUACCAAAAACUUGGCCGAAUCCAUGGUAAAUUAUUAUGGCCAAAAAUUACCGGUGGCCAUUUUUCGUCCCUCCAUUGUAGUGCAAGCCGUCGAAGAACCAGAACCUGGUUUUCCACCCUCAUUGACCGGUGCCAUGGCUGUCUUUGUGGCUGCCAGCGUGGGCAUCAUGAAAGCCAUUCCCAUGCCCAGAGAUCAAUUUCUGGAUCUGUCUCCCCAAGACAUAACUGUGAAAACAUUGCUCUACUACAUAAUGAAGACGGGCACGGAACAUGCAACAAAUGAAUCCGCCGAUGUCCCAGUUUUCAAUUUAUCCGUUUAUGGUCACAGUCCCAUUAACUUUCCAGAAUAUAUCGAAAUGGCAGACGAGUUUUGGAACAGCAUACCUGUGGAAAAAGGUUUUCUGGCGCCAGGUGUAACAGUCACCGAAAAUAUAUAUCGAUAUAUGUUUGUGGUUAUAUUCAAACAAAUUCUUCCUGCAUUCUUUUUGGAUCUUCUACUUAAAAUAAGUGGGCAAAAACCAGUUAUGAUGAAAAUACAACGAAAAAUUUUUAACGCAUUGAAAAUUAUGAGACCAUUUGUGGCCAAUAAUUAUCGUAGCAGUGGUGUUAGCUAUGCCAAGGAUAUGAUUAAGGAACUAAAUGGCACUGAUUUCAAUGUUGAUGUUUUCGUUAUUAUGAAAUCGACUUACGCUCAUAUAGGAUAUACUCGCGAUAUGAUCUGUAAAUGUCGCGAAAUUCUAUUAAAAGAGGAUCCCUCAACUAUACCACGGUCACGUUUAAUUGUCAAAGGCAAAAUUUUGUUGUAUCGAGCCUUCCAAAUUUUUGUGGCUUACAAGAUUUAUUGCCGUUGGAUAUAUCCCAUGACAAAAGAGUGGCAUUUGGAUCUGGAUUGGAAUGUCAAUAACAGCACCACAAUAAAUGAAAGUUUUUUGUAA